AUGACAGCUGAUAUUCACCUGCAGGAAUCUGGGAUCUCCAACAGUCACUACAAUACCACCAACCUGCUGGCGACAGUCAUAAAUUUGUUUGCUGCUGGAACUGGGACAACAUCAACCACACUACGAUGGGCUCUUCUGUUUAUGAUCAAGUAUCCCAAAAUACAAGACGAGGUUCAAGAGGAGCUGAACAGAGUGGUAGGAGUUCGUCAGGUUCGGGUCCAAGACAGACAGAACCUGCCUUUCAUGAACGCUGUCAUCCAUGAGACACAGAGGCUAGCCAACAUCCUCCCCUUGGCUUUGGCUCACAAAACCAGCCAAGAUGUCACCUUCCAGGGUCAUUUUAUUGAACAGGGAACCAUGGUGUUUCCUCUCCUAACAUCUGUCCUGCAUGAUGAGCAUGAAUGGGAGAAGCCAGAGAGCUUUCAUCCUGCCCACUUCCUGGACAAAGAUGGAAACUUCCUAAAGCGUGAUGCCUUCAUGCCAUUUUCUGCAGGUCGCAGGAUGUGUCCUGGAGAAAGUCUGGCCAAGGCGGAGCUCUUCAUAUUCUUUGCCACGCUCCUGCAGCACUUCCGUUUCACUCCUCCGCCUGGAGUUUCAGAGGAGGACGUGGAUCUGACGCCACAUUCUACUGGAUCUCUCCACCCUCAACCUCAUCAACUGUGUGCUGUCAGCCUGAUGUGA